AUGGCCUCAGUAUUGAGCAAGCGCCAGCAGCAGCGCAAUGAAAAGGUGCUGCACGACUUGGUUCAGACUGUCCCGGGAAACAAUAGUUGCGCCGACUGCCAUGCGCGCAACCCAGCUUGGGCAUCAUGGAGCCUUGGAGUGUUUCUGUGCAUGAGAUGUGCGUCGAUCCAUCGAAAGUUGGGCACGCAUGUCUCCAAGGUUAAAUCCUUGAGCAUGGACAGCUGGACCAACGAGCAAGUCGAUAACAUGCGAAAAGUAGGCAAUGUCGUAUCGAACCAGAUUUAUAACCCAGACAACAAGAGACCGCCCGUUCCAGUCGACGCAGACGAGGCGGAUGGUGCAAUGGAGCGCUUCAUUCGACAAAAGUAUAUGAACAACGUCGUCACCACGAGGGAUGCAGGGCCUAGGAGUCCUCGCAUUGACGAAGGGGUCCCUCCCCCUUUGCCGCCCAAGAACUCGUCCUCAAAGUUUGGUCUGCGGUCCGCCUCCUCACUCUUCCCGCUCUCUCGGUCAAAGAAAGACAAGGCUCUGCCCAGCCCUGAAAUCCAACACCGACCUUCAUCCCAUGACUCGGUCCACAAACCCGCCAAAGUCUUUGGCGCCGCUUUGAACUUUGACGAUGGGGAUGAACUGGAAAGGAAAUUGGCAAAGCUGCGCGAUAUGGGGUUCAAUGAUACGCAACGAAAUCUCAGGGCCCUUAAGGCCGUCGACGGCAACGUCGAUCAGGCUAUCGAGCUACUGGUUCAACGAAACGAAGCCGACAGACGAUCGCCCGCUCCCCAAGCUAAUCCUCGGGCCAACACUCUCCGAACCUCCAAAUCAUUGACGCCUCUUAAUUCUGGUGGUAUUGGACUCAGCCUGGGGCCGAAAACCACACAAGAUCAACCAGCGACACCUUCGAGCACAUCUACGAAUCCAUUCGAUGCGCUAGCAGCUCAACCGCAAACGGCACAGUCUACGGGCGCUUUGAGCAACAACAACAAAAACCCAUAUAAUAGUAAUGCGGCCACAAACAACCCAUUCGGACCCGUGAGACAACAGACUGAUCCGCUCAGUCAAGCUUUCGAGAAGCUGGAUGUGUCGUCGGCUCCUGCUCAGCAACAGCUUUUCCCUAACCGUACAGGCGGUCUUACGCCAAUGACGCAAAGUCGACCUCCUCUUCCCUCCCCUCCGGUUCCUUCAGCGCCAACCACACCGCAGUUCUUCCAGCAAAUGCAAUUCCAGAACAUGGCAUACCCUCAGUCGGCACCUCUUCCACAACAACCCACAGGGACAAACCCCUUUUUCGCCAAUCAAAGUAGCCCGGUGCAGCAGCAACCACCUCAACAGUUCUCGCAGUUACCUCAGCAGUUCCCGCAACAGCUUGCCCAGCAGAAUCUAGCUGUCAAUACGCAACAAUCGCAGUACGGAUUUGCAAAUAACCCGUUCGCACGAUCACCUACUAGGGUAGCAUCGCCACCGAUUCUCGGACAAAUCCCAGAACAGUCGCAAUCUUCGUUCCAGAACAAUAUUCCCUUGCAGAGUCCUUCUUUCCAGAGUCCCUCGUUCCAGAACCCUUCUUUCCAGAACCAAUCGUUCCAGGGUGGUGCCCCGGCCCUUCAGAGUGCCUCAACCUUCCCAGCCGCCACAGGUGUGAACAAUCCAUUCUUACAGAGUUCUCCUCAGCCUCAAGCCUAUGCCGGGCAAUUGACCAGCCCCCAACAACAAUAUUUCCAACCCACGCGACCUGACAAAUCAUCGAUUAUGGCGUUAUACAAUUCGGCACCCACAAUUCCUCAGGUCAACAACGCUGUCCAGCCAGUACAAGCCUCUCCUAUGUCCCCUAACUUUGGUGUGGCUGCACAGCCAGCCCAGUCCGCCCCGAUAUCGGCUCAGCCGUUCCGAAGCAUGACAUUACCUCCUGAAAACACAAACAACCCAUUUGCAAACGGUGGCGUUGGUGGUGUGAAUGGUGUUGUGAAACCAAAUGACCCGGAUCCUUUCAACACAGCGAGGCACAUUAGCAGGGAGAGCGUGAACUUGGGCCUGGACAUGGCUUGGACUAAUGGUCGGCACAGCCCAGACGCAUUUGCAAGCCUAAGUGCGAAGCACAUAUGA